GACUAAUAGAGUUAUGAAUGAAUAUAAAUAAGGGGAAGGAGUGGUGGAUGGGAGCAUCGCAUUUCCAAAUGGAGUUGGCUAACAUAGCAAAGUGCUUAUUGUUGGGUGUUGUGAUUCUGUGGAUUCAAAUCCAUGGAAACAAAGGUUGCUUUGAAGAAGAGAGAUUGGCUCUCUUAGAUUUCAAGGCAUUUGUUGGAUCAAAUGGGUUUGACGCAGACCAUCUUCUUCCUUCAUGGAUUGAUGAUCCAACCAGCAAUUGUUGUAAAUGGGAGCGUGUCAUGUGCAACUCAACUACAGGUCACGUGACUAAACUCUCGCUCAACAAUACACGACAAUAUGAUAUAAAGAGUUCUUCGUUUCAUAAUGAAAAUACUUGGUAUGUAAACUUGUCAAUGUUCCAGCAAUUGAAAGAGCUCAAAACGCUAAAUUUAUCCUACAAUAAUUUUGAUUGUUCCAUUGAUGACCAAGGUUGUGAAAAAUUAUCAAAACUGAAGAAGCUUGAAGUUUUGGACCUUACUUGGAAUAGAUUCAAUAAUAUUAUCUUACCAUCAUUGGGUGCUCUUAUAUCACUUAAGACUUUGAUUCUUGACCACAAUAAAAUGGAAGGUUCUUUUCCUAUACAAGGCUUUCAAAGAUUAGAGGAGUUGGACCUUACUAUGAAUAGUUUCAAUAAUAGCAUCUUAUCAUCAUUGGCUGCUCUUCCAUCACUCAACACUUUGAUUCUCGCUUCCAGUUACAUGAAAGGUUCAUUUCCUAAUCAAGGUAUAGUUUCAAUAAUUAAUGACUAUUAUUAGUUCCUCUUGUUUAAA